AUGAAGCUCACGGUACACAUGGAGGUCGCCAAAGUCUACAACGUGCUCGGCAACAAGCUAUACGAGCAUAAAAGAGCCUUUGACAUGGUCAUCCAGACCAACAAGAGUGAGCACCGAUUAAAGGAGGCCGUCCUCCAGACAGAAAUCGGAAAGCUCAAAGACAGGAUCCUCGUGCAAGAUGCGCAUAUGACGGUUCUUAAUGACGAGCUAUCAAGCACACAAGGGGCAAUGCUGGACAUUGGAAAAGAAAUGAUGGAGAUCAAGUCAGCUAACACCAAGCUGCAGCACGAGCUAGCUUCACUCAAAGCAAGCGGCAUCACAGUAAUGCAAGGUCAAACAUCCGGUACGGUCCAAUCGAACAGACCACGCAUCAAAAUUGCUGAGCCUCCACACUACUCGGGCAAAGGAAGUCUGGAGGACUGGCUCCAACAACUCGGUAUAUGGAUGCGGUGGAACGAAAUCAACAACGAUGAGCACAAGAUUACCACAGCACUGCUACAUUUGGAAGGUGGCGCGUUCACCUACAUGUCUGAGUAUGCAACCAAAGCAGCAGCAAGACAAUCACUUGGCACGACCCUCAACCUGGACAAGGACGCGCAACAACACUUGAAGGAGAUCUGUGCCAAGACCUACCCAACAAUGGUCUCCUUUGCAGAAAAGUUCCGCCAAUGGGCCACCAAGACCAACUUGGGGCACACUGCACUUAUUGGUUAUAUAGCUGAACACAGAGACAAGGACGUACACCAGGCAAUGGUAACGCGAGACAGCUUAGGUAUUCCCGACCCUACCACAUGGCCGGAAUAUCUCAACCUAUGUCUCCAACUCGAAUCAAAGUUCAGAGCUGACAAGGCAGGACAGCGCAGAAUGACAGGAACAUCAUCGAUGCCAUGA